UCAAGCACAAAGUAGACGUAUGGAUGAACAACGCUGUUCAAUUAACCCUUUAUCACCUGGACGUAUGGGGAACACCCAGUCAGAUCAAGAUGUCGAGAAGUUUUUUAAACUCAUUGCUAGCACUCAAAGCCGGCGGUUCGAUGACCAGCGGGCGACGCUAAACCAGCUGCCAGAGAUCACAUCGCCUCGUGGGAUAACUGCUGCGGAUUCAGAUCACCUCUUCAGCAUGGUCUCCAGAAUUCAGGGCUCUCGGAUAGAUGAUCAGCGAUGCUAUGCUCCCAAUAUCCAGCUGGGGUCUCCUGCCCCCCCUAAGAAGUCUCAAUCUCAACCCGUAUCCCUGUCUGGAUCAGGCUCACCCCCUAAAUCAGCCCAGAGAUCGGAAACAUUCAGCCCUGCCUCCGAGGUACAAAAUUGCACUGACCAGGACCAGCUUUUUUCCCUGGUGCAUCAUGCACAGCAACGGCGAAUGGAUGACCAGCGGUGCUCAUUUGAACCCUUUAAAAAGCCGUCCUCCUCUCCAAACACUAGUCAGAAAGUGGAAGAUCCUGAGCACUUUUUCAAACUGGUGGCCAACUGUCAGAGCAGACGACUGGAUGACCAGCGCGUGACACUCAGUGCAUUGCCAGGCAUCCAGAACUGCAGCCCUGGAACCAAGAGAGAGAACAAUAAAUCAUUAGCCCCUAAAAUCACCCUGACCCCUGCAUCACCUGCUGCGCCAAAAAAAGUUUGUUCCAGAUCUUCCUCUCCCACUCUGAGCGUCAGUGAACCAGACACACCUGUCGGGCCUCCCCCCAGAUCGGCCUCAUAUCCCCCCGAGAGAUUACUGCAUGAUGAUCUGUCUGCGCAGAUAUCAUUUCAGAUUUCCAUGUGCUUCCCUCCACAUCAGACGCAUGGACCAAAUAACCAGCCAUGUCCAUACCCUGAAAUCUUCCUCACAGUCGGACAACAGGGAGAGGCUAUAGUUAUUCCUCUCAGUCCUACACCUGGCAGACCGCUUUCUCUCAAUGUGAACCCACCCGGACAGCAUUGCUCCAGGUCUGCGUCUCCUCACAGGUCUCCUGCCAGGCAGGGACACUCGAGAUCCUCUUCUCCUCACCCAGGAAACACGGCUAGUCCAAUGGGCCCCUAUGAGGACUACAUCUCUCUGAACCAAAGAGUCUACAGCACUCAGAAUAAUGUACGGGACAGAGCAGAGCUGAACAAGGAGGCUAAGAAAGGAAAAGGGAAGAGUGGUGGAAAGAAAGAGAAGAAAGAGGGAAGUAAAGAAAAGAGAAGAUAGGACGCUACAUGUGUUUAUUUAUUCUGGUUUCACAUCACCUGGAUGAAUGUCAGUUUUACAAAUAAGCUAAACUUGUUGGUUUUUAGAAAAUGGUUUUUAAUAAGCAAGUUAAAAUAAGCUAUGCUCACACUGGAAAUGAACACACCGUUUAGAAAUGUAUUCUGUAUGGUUUUAUUUCAUGGCUCAGGGUUUGUGUAAACUGACUGAAAUGUAUUUUAUUUGUGUGUCUGUAUUAAGUGAAGGUGUAAAUGUAGUUUUUUUAAUCUGCUGUGAUGGAUGAUCAAAUAGGUUUGUGCUGUUUCUGUUGUGUUUGAUAAUCUCUUGUGAAUUUAAUAAAA